CAGUCGACAUUAGACAAACCAAGUGUGUAGACACAAAGUAGUCAAAAAAUUUCGUAAAUAAAUUGUGCUAAAUUUAAAAACUUGAAAUCUAGAGAAAUGCUUUCCUAUAGUUUGCUGUUAAUACUGCCAUUAUCCUUAUGGUCCUGCUUGAGUGCUUACGUUAUACCAAGCGAUUUACCCGAGCGCGUGGGAGAUAACUUCAUCUACUUCGGCUACGGCAGCAAUAUGUUGACCAAACGCAUACAUAUACAAAAUCCGACUGCGGUGAAAAUCGGUAUGGGCAUAUUGAAGGAUUACCGAUUGGAUUUUAAUACCUACACGGAACGUUGGGGUGGUGCACCAGCGACUAUUGUGCCUAUGCCUGGCGCGUACGUUUAUGGCACACUGUGGGAGAUAUCUCUAAGCAAUUUGGAUGAUAUUGAUGACCAAGAAGGCGUCCACGAGGGCAUUUACUAUGCAGCCAGCUUGCCUGUGCUGCUGUCGAAUAAUACAGUAGCCACUGCACGCGCUUAUCUGUUAGCCGAUCAACCGAAAAAACCGUUAAAUGAUUUCUCCGAUGAUGAUAAGGUGCCACUUAAACGGCAACCUUCGAAAACUUAUUUGCAAUGCUUGGUGAAAGGUGCAGAGGAGACUGGCAUUGUGCCAUGGUAUAUUGAGUGGCUGAAAUCUGUGAAGCACAAUGGCCAUGUAGCGCCGGACUUGGAGCAAAUUUUGGACUUGAAAGAUGUGCAACUGAACUCUUAAAACAAGCACAUUAAUUAGUGUUGUUAUUAACUGUGAUAAAUGUUUAUAAAAAUGUAGAAAUUUCAAAAUUUAUAUUUACCAAUGAAAAACUAUAUUUUAAGUGAUU